AUGGGUGCAAAUGCGUCGUCACAGCUAGAAAAAGAAUUAAGCACUGAUCAUAUUUUAAGCAGCGAAAGAUUUUUUGGUCUUGUAAAUUUUGGUAACACAUGCUAUUGUAAUUCUGUCAUACAAGCGCUUUAUUUCUGUCCUCCCUUCAGGGAGAAGAUUCUUCAGUAUAAACAGUUGUUGAAAAAGUCGGGCACCCAAAAGGAAAACCUUCUUUCCUGCCUUGCUGAUCUGUUUCAUAAUAUUGCCACUCAGAAAAGACGUGUCGGCACUAUUGCUCCAAAACGUUUCAUAACAAAGUUGAAAAAGGAAAAUGAAAUUUUCGACAAUUACAUGCAGCAAGAUGCGCACGAAUUCUUAAAUUACCUUUUAAAUACUAUAUCGGAAACUCUCUCUGAUGAAAGAAAGAAUGGUUUGAAGCCUGGUUCUGGUGGUGCAAAGAAACCAGUAGUAACUCCUUCAGGAAUUCAUGAAACACGGCCAUCUUUUCAACCAAGUGGAUCAAAAUACGAGCCUACGUGGGUUCAUGAAAUAUUUCAAGGAACUCUUACGAACGAAACUAGAUGCCUGAACUGUGAAACGGUGUCUAGUAAAGAUGAAGAUUUCCUCGAUCUGAGUGUUGACGUGGAACAGAAUGCUUCAAUAACACAUUGCCUGCGGGUUUUUUCAAACAUGGAGACCCUACAAGGGGACCAAAAGUAUUAUUGUGAAAAUUGCUGUUCUAAGCAAGAGGCCCAAAAACGUAUGAGGAUCAAAAAUUUGCCUCAGAUGUUGGCUUUACAUCUGAAGCGCUUUAAAUACGUAGACCAGCUGUGUCGACAUACGAAGUUGUCAUACCGUGUUUUAUUUCCGUUUGAAUUACGCCUUUUUAAUGUGAGUGACGAUGCGUUAAAUGCAGACCGCUUAUAUGAUUUGUGUGCUGUAGUUGUUCACUGUGGCUCCACUCCAAAUCGUGGGCAUUAUAUUACUGUUGUAAAGUCUCAUGCGUUCUGGUUGCUUUUCGAUGAUGAUAUCGUAGAUAAAAUAGAACCAUCAACAUUAGAAGAAUUCUUUGGACUAUCAGAUUGUGGUGUGCAAAAAAACAGUGAAUCGGCUUAUAUAUUAUUUUACCAAGCUCGAGAUACAAGCAGUAGUGAGGUUUUGAAGGGCGCCUCCUCUAGUGCUAGUGCAUCUGUAUAA